AUGACCGACAGUGACGAUGAACCGAUAACGCUCUCCGCGGACGCCCUAGCCGCCCUCCAGCAGUUCUACGCCGAGCGCGACUCCCACGUCGAGGCGUUUGAGAAGCUCAAGGCCGUCGCGACGCAGGACAAUGAGGUUGUAGAUGGGAACGGUCUUGUGGAUGGCGAUGGUGAUGGCGUCGCGACUGUGGCGAACGGCGGCAAGGCUACGGUGUCGCUGUCCAUGAAUGCGUUUGCUGAGGACUGGAACGAGUCGCAGUUCUGGUACUCGGACGAGACGGCCACCCUGCUCGCGAAGCAGCUGCUGGAGAAUGCGGACGCUGACACGGUCAUCGCUGUCGUAUCGACGCCCAGUGUCUUCAUCGCGCUGAAGAACCUACUAUCCGCAGGCCACAACAGCCCAAAGCCCAAGGUCUUCCUCCUCGAGCACGACCAGCGAUUCGCUGUGUUCUCCGAGUUCGUGUUUUACGACUUUAUGAAACCUAUCAAGCUACCGGGCUUGAAAUUCACAGCACAUCUGAAAGGCAGCGUCGACCGCAUGAUCGUCGACCCGCCGUUCCUGAGCGAGGACUGCCAGACCAAAAUGGCCAUGACCCUGCGAUGGAUGGCGCGCAAUCCCAGGGUAGCAUCGUCACCAGCAGCAGGUAUGGGCCCAGGUGGUGCUUUACGCGUGCUCAUUUGCACAGGCGAGCGCAUGGAGCCCCUGGUCACGAAGCUCUACCGCCCACUCGGCGUACGGACGACCACGUACGAGCCCGUCCACAAGGGGCUCAAGAACGAGUUCUAUUGCUAUGCGAACUUCGAGUGCGAGGCAUGGGAGUGGUAG